GCGUUAGUUACUUCGUAGAAGCAUCCAUCUUUUCCUCUAAUUCCUAUUUCUACGUAGCAUUUCCGACUUCCGGUUCUAAACAACGGACGAACGCAUGAGAAUGUUGAUGCUUACCGGUAUUUUUGUGAGCCUUAGCAAAAGGCUUUUGAUGUUGAAAAAACCUCUCUUUGCAUGUCUUCUGUCACUUGCCUUAUUAAUGCAAUGCGCUAAUGCGAGUGAAGUUGUAUGGGCUGUUAACUGCGGUGGAGAGGAACAUACUGAUGUCCAUGGCAUUCAUUAUGAAGCAGACCCCUCGGACACCGGGUUUAGCUCCGAUUUCGGGAAAAGUUUGAUGAUCCAGAGGGUUGUACCCCAAGAUCAAAUCCUUUACCAGACAGAAAGAUAUCAUGUUAGUACUUUUGGCUAUGACAUUCCAGUUCAUAGAGACGGAGAGUAUGUGCUUGUUAUCAAAUUCAGUGAGGUGUGGUUCACAGCUGCCAAUCAGAAGGUUUUUGACGUUGUGCUGAAUGGUGAACACACUGUUGUGAGUGAACUGGACAUCUUCGCCCGUGUUGGCAGAGGUGUGGCACAUGAUGAAAUUAUUCCUUUGACGGUCCGAGGGGGAAAGCUGAGAGUUAAUGGCGAAACAUCACAAAUUGACAGCAGCAAGAUAUCUAUCGAAUUUAUCAAGGGUGACCUUGAUAAUCCUAAAGUGAAUGCCAUAUAUGUGAUGAAAGGCACUCCAGAUGAUGUCCCCAAGUUACCCUCAAUGCCAGGGUCUGAAGCUGCUGAGGAAGAAGACGAUGACGAGGAGGAGUCGUUAAGCAGCAAACCUCAAAAGUCACGGCGGCCGUCAGGGCCAAAGGUCAAAGAUCCGUAUGCAGCAGAUGACACCAGUGCAAUGUUGUUACCUGUAUUUGGGGCCAUCGGGGCAUUUAUUCCUUUACUUUACUGCUUAUGUAAAUUAUAGAUUUAGCCCAACUAUUGAUUUGUUUAGAUCGUUUUUGGGGGGUUUUUUUGCUUUAGAAACAGCAGGCUCUCGGAAUGAAAAUGUUCAGCCAUCAGAAAGAACCAACAACCCUUUCCAUGCUUGAUUGGCUGUGAGUUUUUACAGAUUACAGAUUUUGUUUCAGCAAUUGACGUUAACAAGAGUUUUAGCAUAGGUGUGGCAGAAGUUUUGUCAACAAGUACAGCUGUCAGUGUGUUCUUGUUGUCUUCACAUCUCUCUGGCUGCUAAGGGUAUGGCGCCUCUGGUUAAAGUAAACAUCUAAUAGAACACUACAUGCUGACAUGGAAGAAAAUGUGGCUGGAGUCUCAGAAAGCAAGCUCAAUCUCUUCACGUUUAAUUAUGUCAUGGAAGACUGUAUGUUUGUACCUUAGUUACUUUGUCACAGUAUUACAGAACACUGCGUGCGCCAACAGCAAGGCCUACAGGCCACUGCUGUGCACGUUUAAAUGUUCCUGUGGUAGAUUUUAGACUUUUCUCUUCAAUAUACAGAAUAGACAGAAUAGAAACCCAAGGAAAAUUUACCCUGUUUGUCUUGCUGCUAUCAGUGUGCUGGCCUGAAGUAUUGUUUGAGAAAAAUCUCAUAGGAUAUGUCUGUAUAAUAGAAAAAAAAA